GCAAGAUGUUAAUUCACUUUUCAUUCAAAGAAUUUGCAGUGUAGUUGAGUUCCCAGGUCAACUUUUGUUUGGAUUGUUAGCGUGGGGUGUGAUUCGUGGUCAUCUGUAGACUCAUGCAUUGCUUAUGAAAGGUUUUCAUACGCAGGAAACAAACACAAGUUGUAGAUUUAUAAAUAAUUUGCAUUGAUAAAUAAUAACUAAUAAGUUAGAAAUAUGGUAGUCGAUAUUUAAUUGCUAAAACUUAAAGACAAAUGGUGAAAAGCAACACAAUAGUAAGUAAAAUAUGCAGUCAUUUCAGAAUAUAAUUCAUUCUAGUUUUGAAAUUUCACAUAGGGACAAUUUUUAGGUCCUCGUUGGUGAUCACCUACCUACACCAUUCUAUCAUAUUGUCAAUUAAAAAAAUAAAUAAAAAAGGAAUGAAAAUUAAGUGAGCCCAUUUCAUCUUUGGAUGUCAUUAUUUCCUUUUAUUUUAUGUUCACCAAGAUAUGUCAUAAUAAGAUUGUGUCACAAAUGUGCUGAGGAUUGUAUAGGUCAUUACUGGUGAGAACUUAUGUAAUUUGUCUUGAUUGAACAUGAGAAUGUAAAUACAAGAGUAGAGAGCUAACAGUUUUUCUCUUUCCUAAAAAUUUGAAAAUUUAGGCUAAAUUCAAUUAGUGGCAACCCAAAUAAAGGUGCUGCGAAAUGGAUAGAUUGUUCAAAAUAAAGAAAUGUUAAGAGAAAAAAAAAAAAGAAAAAAAAAACAGGGAAUUAAAGGGAUUCCCACACUGUUUUGGCUCGCUUUAACUUUUUUGUGGUCCAAUACUCAAAAAGUGAGUAGUGUGGACUAUUUUCUUUUGACAAUUUGGAGCCCAGUUUUCUAAGGCCUCCACCAAAGCGUCGUGGCCAAGCUUCAGACACAGAAUAAAUCAUUGUCGAAUACUUGACUAAUGACGUGACCUAAAUCCCAUGGCUGUGUGAACCAUAGACCUCUAAGUGUGGAACACCAUCUCUGUGUCUGUCAUUUUCUCCAGCACCGUUUUCCUUUUACAUUCUCUUUCCUUCUACUUAUUCUUUCCUUUUCUUUCUUCCGUUGAUUUUUUCUAGAUUACUUUGUGCGUGGUAUUUUGAAUUGAACUUGCAUAUAUAAUUCAUGUCUUAAUUGAAAAGAAAAGUUACUGAUUGAAAACAAAGUUGAUACGAAAACCAAAAAAAACCCCAUUAUGGAAAGGUGGUGCACCUAUGAGCAACUGGUGGCAAGUAUUAAAGUUUAGUUGCAAACUGGUAGUUCCCACCACACCACAUUCCCGUUUUCCUCCCUACCAAACAUAGAGUUGGAAAUGGAGAUUCAACAUUCCUACCAAUACCAUGAGCGUCCCCUGACCAACCGUAACGUGUGUUCUGUUGUCUGUUCCGUCUGUGGCCUACUCAUUUCAGGUCCGGCCUACUGUUGCACCAAAGAUGACUGCAAGUAUUGCAUCCACAAAUACUGUUUCGAAUUGCCGUCUAAUAUCAGACACCCCUUUCAUCCUCAACACCUUCUCACCCUCGAAGAAGGAAAUGAUGACAGCUUUUGCAAUGCCUGUGGAGGUGAAACAACGGACUUAUUCUUCCAGUGUUCUGAGUGUGAAUUUGAUCUUGAUGCUGAUUGCGCUUCGCUUACACCCACAAAUAUUAAUAAUCACGGAGGAGGUAAUGAGCACCCCUUGAUUCAACAUCUUGGCAAAGUGCAUCCCUUGAUUCUCUGCAAUAUGAAUAAGAAUUUUAAGUUUUACUGCAAUGCUUGCACGCUCCCUUUUGAGGAUUCGAUGAUCUAUGUCUGUCUUGACUGCAAUUAUUUGCUGCACAAAUCAUGUGUUGAAUUGCCACCAACCAUCAAACACCCCUUUCACCCACAGCACCCUCUCACCCUCUGUUCCAGAGCGCGUAAUUCUUAUAAUCAAAAGUGCAAUGCCUGUGGGAGCCUAAUUAUGGAGUGCUACUUCGGUUGUUAUGAGUGUUUAUUUCAACUUGAUGUUAGAUGUGCUUCAAUGAUGCCCGCCAAUAAUCAUGAUGAGUACCAUAUUCAACAUCUCGGCCAAACGCAUCCCAUGAUUCUAUGUAACAUGAAUAAGAAUUUUAAGCUUUACUGUUCUCUGUGCACACUCCCUUUUGAGGACUUGAUCUAUGUUUGCCUCGAAUGCAAUCUUUUGCUGCACGAAUCAUGCUUUGAAUUGGCAGCGGAGAUCAAACACUCUUUCCACCCACAACACCCUCUCAACCUCGUUCUAAAACCACUGGAAUUCAAUAAGGCGUGCUCGGCUUGUGGAGACUCAAUAGAUUGCUGCCAUUACAAAUGUUUAAGAGAUGAAUGCUUCUUUAAUUCUACUUUCUCUAUGCAUACUAGAUGUGCUUCUUCACUAGUGCCCACCAUAAGGUCUAAACUUCACAAUCACCCUCUUGCUUUCUUCAACAAUAUAGGUCCGGACAUACCCAAAAGUGAGUUCUUUUCCUGUAGUGUUUGUUCUGGCGACAUCAUCUCCUCUUUUUUUCGUUGUGUGAAAUGCAAUUUCAGUCUCCAGGCGCAUUGUUAUCCAACAUUACCGCAAACCAUCAAAUAUGAAUGUCAUCGACAUUCCCUCACCUUCACCAAUUCUCCAAUCAAAGACUACGAGGAUGAAGAUGAGGAGGACGCAGAAUUCUACUGUGGUUUAUGCAAGGAAAGAAGAAACCUAUUUGAACCAACCUAUUAUUGUGUAGAAUGCCAGGGAGAUGGAAGACACUAUGUUGCUCAUUUUGAUUGCAUGAUCUCUGAGAUUUUACGAGCACUAGAGGAAGAGUGGGCCUUGACUCGCAAUCCCGGGGAUAAGGAGUUGGAGACUUCAACUGAUCAUGUGGUUAAAAAGAACAUUGAAGAAAUGGUCAGUAGUAGUGAUGUUGUGAUAACAAAGAUGGAGAGUAGUGAUGAGGGUGCAACUACAGAAAAGGUAGAGGUUGGAGAUACCAAAACCCCUGCCCUUGUCGAACUAGACAAUGAAAUCUUGGUGCUUCGAAGAGAGAUAGAGGCACAAAAGGCAAAACUAGAGGCACUUGAGGAGAGGCGUGCACAACUUCAUGCACUUGAAAUGUCAGAUUUUGGUAACAAAUCAGAUUGAUAGUUGGACAGACA